AUGGCUCGAAUCAAAAUGACUGCAAAACGCAAAAUAUCAUACCAAGAACCAGAGGAAAACCAAGACGUCUACUCAAGCACUGAGUCAGAUUAUCAUGAGGAAAACCAAUCUGAAGCAACUUCCAUGAACACCAUUUCUUCAUCUCAACCAUCCAAAAGCUCAUAUCCUUCUAUUACUCCAAAAAUCGUCAUAAAAUCCUCCUCCUCAACUCCUUCCAGGCGCUCCUCCAGAAUCAUGUCAGGAGCCGUUUCGUCCAACAAGGCACCUCCUCAGGAUAAUACGAUCCAUGUCAUCAACUCUGAUGAUUCAGAGACCACUCCUCCUACUGAACCAUCACAACAGCCUCCUCAUAUGAAGAUUCAAAAUGAUGACCGUCCUGCCUCAAAGAAAAGAAAAACUCGUCAUUCCUCUGUUUCUCAAAACACUGAAGAUGAAACACCUCAUCCUCCACCUGAGGAUACACCAUCACCACUUAUUCCAGAACCAACCUCUCCACUGCGUAACUCUCUUGAAACUACUCCUUCUCCUGCAUCUCUUGUCCCCACAAUAACUCAGUCUUCACCAAUCCACAAACUGACUCCCUUUCGUGAAGCCGAUCCUAUUCCUGAGGAUGCCUCAAAAUCAACUUCUCCUCAACAUAUGGAAGAUGGUGAUGAGUUAUACUUUGAUCUGAAUUUAUCUUAUCCUCCAUCUCCUACGGAUGUGCCUAUGGCUUCUCCUCCCACUGUGCCAGUAGAUGAAGAUGUGCUUCCACCACCAGAUCUUUCGAAAGACCAGAAGAAAAUUCUUCAGCGCUUCACUCACUUUCAGAACUCUUUGGUUCAAUUUGGUCUCAUUCUUGAAUGGGUUACCAAACACUUGGUUCCUACUGUUGCUCCUGGAUAUCAUCCUCUUGAGCUACCAUCCCAGCCAACCUCUCAUGUUCCAUCUCCUUCAUCCUCAUCAGAUGAACCAGCCUCCUCAGAUUAA